AUGGAUAAUAACAUGGAAAUCGAUGCGGCGCGUUCGCCAGAACCACACCAUCUGUCCCCGACAACCGACCCCGGUUCCAUCCCCACCCUUGAUGGAUGGAUCGAGAAUUUGAUGAGUUGCAAGCAGCUCGCGGAGGAGGAUGUGCGGAGGUUGUGUGAUCGGGCGCGAGAGGUGCUGCAAGAAGAGUCGAACGUUCAACCUGUGAAAUGCCCUGUAACCGUGUGCGGCGAUAUACACGGCCAAUUUCACGAUCUCAUGGAACUUUUCCGCAUUGGCGGCCCCAACCCAGAUACUAACUAUCUGUUCAUGGGUGAUUAUGUCGACCGUGGCUAUUACUCCGUAGAAACCGUCACACUCCUUGUUUGCCUUAAAAUCCGCUACCCACAGCGCAUCACUAUUCUCCGAGGAAACCACGAGUCUCGCCAGAUUACACAGGUGUACGGGUUUUACGACGAAUGUCUGCGGAAGUACGGCAACGCCAACGUUUGGAAAUACUUUACCGACCUUUUCGAUUACCUACCCCUCACCGCCCUCAUUGAAAACCAGAUUUUCUGUCUGCACGGUGGUCUAAGUCCAUCGAUUGACACUCUAGAUAACAUUCGAUCCCUGGACCGAAUUCAAGAAGUUCCGCACGAGGGACCUAUGUGUGACUUGCUCUGGAGUGACCCCGAUGACCGAUGUGGUUGGGGAAUCUCUCCCCGUGGUGCUGGAUACACAUUCGGGCAGGAUAUCUCCGAGGCAUUCAAUCACAACAAUGGGCUGACACUUGUUGCACGAGCGCAUCAGCUGGUGAUGGAGGGAUAUAAUUGGUCACAGGACCGAAAUGUGGUCACUAUUUUCUCAGCUCCUAAUUACUGCUACCGUUGCGGUAACCAAGCCGCGAUUAUGGAAAUCGACGAGCAUCUGAAGUAUACGUUCUUACAAUUUGACCCUUGCCCACGUGCGGGAGAGCCCAUGGUCUCGAGGCGUACCCCUGAUUAUUUCCUGUGA